AUGUCAACACAACAACCACAAGACUCUGAUAGAUUCAAAAAGCAAUUUUGGCAGGAUCCCAAGCUGAUGGAUGAUAGAGCUAAUCUAUACCUUGGUUUCUAUGCUCAAAACUUGAUAAAUAGGGCAAACAUUGAAGAGUUCACAACAAAGAAUAAGAGAAUUGACAUUCUAGAUCUCUGUACUGGUACUGGAUUGCUUGCAUUCCAAGUUUAUGAUGUUGUAAAAGAUCUUGAUGUUCAUACUAAUAUUGAGGCAAUUGAUUUCUCGGCUCCACUCAUCAAAUUCGCCAAAGAAAAGAAAGAAAAAUUGAGGGCCAGCGUUUUGAAUUUUCAAGAAAUGGAUGGCCAAGAAUUGAAAUUUGAAAAUGAGACUUUUGAUUUUGUAUUCUCUAACGCUGGUGUUUGUUUUUAUCCUGACUUUGUUAAGGGUUUCAAAGAGAUACAUCGAGUUAUGAAGCAAGGAUCAAAUGCUUUCAUUAAUGCAUGGGCUUAUGAUUUUCCAAUGGCCAUUCCAAUACAAUCUGCUCAAAAGCAUGGAACAAUGAAAGAUACUAAAAUGACUUUUCAAACACUCAGCGAACCAGAGAAAUUCACAGAAUUAUUGAAAGAAUCAGGUUUCUCUGAUAUUUCUACAGACUCGAUUUCUCACAAGAUUAGAGUCAAGUUUGGCGAAUUUGUAGAAACAUUCAAUGGUAAUCCAUCUCUAUUGGAUGAAAAGGUUUUGGCUGACACUGCACUUGCUUUCAAUGUAAAAGAGGAUAACGAUGAAAUUGAACUAAACACAACUAUGAUUGUUGCCUCUCUCACAAAGAACUAA